AUGGUGCAAACACAGCUCCGAAUUGAUUCUUUCUUUAGAUUAGCUCAACAGGAGAAACAAGAUGUUAAGGGUAUUAAGAGCCGGAGACUUAACAGAGCUGUGACAUGUAUGCUGAGAAAAGAAAGAGAAGAAGAAGCCAGUGAGAUAGAAGCCGUUUCUGUUGCCAUUGAGAAAGAACCUGAAUUCCCUGAUGAGGCAAAAGAGAGGAUUCCAGAACGUUUUAUGGCAGGCAGCCGAGGGGACCAUCACCUCACUCUGAUCAGAACUGAAUGGAUUCAAGGCUGGUUCAUAGUCUUUGCCCUUGUUCUAUGCUAUUUUCUGGAAACAAAUGCAAAGCAGUAUAAUAUGGUUGACAAAAAUGUGAUUGAAAUUGGAGCUGGAACAGGGUUAGUCUCCAUUGUGGCAAGUUUACUUGGUGCACAUGUGACUGCCACAGAUUUACCUGAAUUACUUGGAAACCUGCAAUAUAAUAUUUCCCGAAACACUAAAAUGAAAUGUAAACAUUUGCCUCAGGUUAAAGAACUCUCCUGGGGCAUAGCUUUAGACAAGAACUUCCCACGGUCUUCCAACAAUUUUGACUAUAUCCUGGCAGCUGAUGUUGUCUAUGCUCAUCCUUUCCUGGAAGAACUCCUUCUUACCUUUGACCAUCUGUGCAAAGAAACUACCAUCAUCCUCUGGGCCAUGAAAUUCAGGUUAGAGAGAGAAAAUAAAUUUGUAGAUAGAUUUAAGGAGUUGUUUGACUUGGAGGAGAUUUCUAGUUUCCCUAGCCUGAAUAUUAAGUUGUAUAAAGCUAUGAAGAAAAAUCGGAGGAGUGCAUGAUAUCCUCAAAGGAGGACUUGGAAAGUGAAGGUUAUUGCUCGUACAGCAUGACCUUAAAGGCCCUUGAUAAGCUGAGGUAGCACUGACCUUCCCAAAGGGGAACACACACACACACACACACACACACACACACACACGUACGCAUGCGCCACACCCAGACAAGAAUUUUCCCAGAUAGAGCCUGUGGGUCUGGAGGAUGGCAAAGCCAUACUGUGCGGUUAUUGGUUAGGAUGUCUGCUUUCCUUAUCUCUUAGCACCAUUUAGUAUUAUGGACAUUUUAAUAAACAGUGCAAUUAUUGUUAUUUUUAAUGUCUAACUGUGGAAUGGUGGUUUUCAAUAAUAAUAUCUCUACAAGGAACAUUCUUAUUGUUUUUAACAUAAGCUUAUGUACUUUUCUCCUUAGAAAUAAAGAAAUAGAUUA